CGGGGCCGGGCGCUGCGUGUGCCUCCGGGCACCCCGCGCAGUGCAGCGCAGCUCGGGGUGGGCCGGCCGGGGUGGCCGCAGCAGCCUCUCCAUGAGCGCCUCGGUGCCUCCCGGCAGCGGGCCGGGGGCGGUGCGGGCCGGGCGCGGCCGCGGCUCCGGCCGGGCGGGAGGAGAAAGACGAGGAGAAGGAGGUGGUGGCGGUGUCGCUGAUGCCCUGCGCCUUGUGUUUUCCCAUCAGGUGUUGUCCUUCUUGCUUCCCAUGUCCUAUUACCAGGAGGAUUUCUUCAGAGACUACCUCAAAAUGAUGGCGAAUAUGGUCAUCCUGAACUUGCUCAUUUGUAUUUCGUUGGCGUUCUGGAUCGUGUCCAUGACUGCAAGUACGUACUACGGUACUUUACGACCCAUUUCUCCAUGGCGCUGGCUUUUUUCAGUCUUGGUCCCACUAAUUAUUGCUACACAGGGUUUUAAGAAGAAGAGUCUCGAUCACAGUGGUGCAUUGGGAGGGCUGGUGGUUGGAUUUAUCCUUACGGUUGCGAAUUACAGUUUUUUCUCUUCUUUGUUUGUAUUUUUUGUUACUUCUUCGAAACUUACUAAGUGGAAAAAAGAUAUAAAGAAGCAAAUAGAUUCAGAAUACAAAGAAGGUGGACAGAGGAAUUGGGUUCAGGUAUUCUGUAAUGGUGGUGUUCCAACAGAGCUGGCUCUCUUAUAUAUGAUAGAAAAUGGACCAGGUGAAAUUCCUAUUGACUUUUCAAAGGAAUACACAGCAUCAUGGAUGUGCUUAUCCCUUUUGGGAGCUUUGGCAUGCUCUGCUGGUGAUACAUGGGCUUCAGAGAUUGGUAGUGUUAUGAGUAAAAGCAAACCAAGAUUGAUAACAACCUGGGAACAGGUUCCAGUAGGUACUAAUGGAGCAGUUACUUUAGUGGGCCUGAUCUCAAGUUUGCUUGGAGGCAUGACAGUAGGUAUAGCCUACUUUAUAACUCAACUUGUUUUUGUGACUGAUCUGGAAAUAUCUGCUCCACAAUGGCCCAUUAUUGUGUUUGGUGCAGCAGCUGGCCUGCUGGGAUCAAUUGUUGAUUCAUAUUUGGGAGCUACUAUGCAAUACAGUGGUUUUGACCAGACAAUUGGCAUGGUUGUUAACCAUGAAACAAAAGACUCCAAACACAUAUCUGGAAAACCUAUAUUAGACAACAAUGCUGUAAAUCUUUUUUCUUCUGUAAUCAUUGCUCUGGUGCUUCCAGGCACAGCAUGGUUUUUCUGGCCAAGGGGUUGAAAUGGUUUAGGCUUUUCUGCAUGCAAUCCAUUUAUGUUCAGUCUUGCUCUGAGAGACGCCAAAGAGUUCCAGUUGAACUCUCUUUUAAGAGAUGGAUCUGAAACAUUCAGGAAGGUGGAGGAUUUUCCAUCUCAAGUUGUUAAGGCUGUAAACCUCAUGUGACAAUCAGCAUCUCUCAGGAAGGUGCUUUGUCAAUAAUGCUCUUGCUGCUCCUCAGGGGGAUGUAGGUCAUUGCCAAGUGAGGUGAAGCACUUGAUUCAUUUAUCCUCCAUUCAUGGAGCUGAAGUGUUGGUGUCUAUUCUCUUCAGUGUCCGGCAUCUGGAAGGGCAAGAAACUGGAAAUAAAAGUCUAAUCAACAUCAAUCAGUGUGAUGGAGCCUUGUGGCUAUUCUCCAAGCUAGACACAAAAUACACUGCAGCUUUAUAUAGGCAAUGGUAACAUGGGUGAAGUGGGUGAAUUCUGAUAUUUCUCAUUAUCUACAGUUUGUAAGGUCUUUUGUGGAAGUAUUUGGGUGGGGAAGGGAGAAUUCAGCCUUGUUGCCUGUUCUCUAUCCUAAUAGUAUCUCCACUUCCCUGAGAAUAGGUUUGAUAAAAAUGAUCCAUACACAACAUUUGAAGCAAAAAUCUAAAUUUAAAGUAGAAACUCACUAGCUGUCCAGUAAGAAUAAUAAAGUUUUCUAUGCUUUUUUGACAUCUUUAUUUCAAAACUAAUGAUAUUUAUAAAGAUUUGUCAAUACUGUAGUACUUAACAAAUAAUUUAAAAUUAAAGAUGACAGUUAUAUAUUCAUAUUCAUCUCUUUAGAAAGAGAAUGCUUUUUUUCUAUAAGCAUGGAAUUGUUCCAUAGUGUUUGGCAUUCUAACCAAACUAUACUGUUUAGUUAUUUCUCAACAGCAGAAAUGUUUCCCAUUUUGUGUGGGGCUUCUAUUUAGAGAUGAUGGCCUCAGCCAAAGAAGUUACAGAUGUUACCCUUGUAGCAAAUGGGCGAAGUCACACUUAUAAACCAUUUAAAAAUAGAAAUUUAAUUUUUGAUGCUCAAGCUCCUUCGUUAGGUAAUUAUGUCUUCCAUCAUUCAUUUAUAAAAGUUGUGAAAGUAAUGUAGCCAGUACAGAUUGUAUUUAAACUUUAGAGAUAGCCUCAUAAUAACUUCUCAGUGUUGAUAUUCAGAAGCAUGGACCCUUAUUUUUAACUUAUGAAAAGCUUUUUCUUUAAUUGUUAGAGAUAGAUUAAUAUUUUGUAUUGAACAUCUGGGGUUUUUUUUACAAGUGUUUUGUGUAUAUUGCCUGUCUUAAUGCAAUUGACUUUUUAUUUUUUCACCUUUUAUGGGAAUAUUAAAAAACUUUAACACCUUCCA